AUGUUACCAGGGACCUCGUGGUGCGAUGUUACCGGGGGGCUCGUGGUGCGAUGUUACCGGGGGCUUCGUGGUGUGAUAUUACUGGGGACCUCGUGGUGUGAUGUUACCGGGGACCUCGUGGUGCGAUGUUACCGGGGGGCUCGUGGUGCGAUGUUACCGGGGGGCUCGUGGCUAGGCCCAGUGUUCAGCCUGUUUGUACCUUUCUACUCCUCCAUCCCCAAGGUUCCAGUCACUCAACUCCUUGGUCAGAUCUCCAUAACUAACAAGUCCCUGGUUUACAUUGUAGGCCUGCAGCUCCUGACCUCCAGUCCGUUCAUGUGGCUCGUUGCUCUCAGUGGACUGGUCUCUGGGAAGCUGUACCACGGAAAUGCUCUGAGGGUGCAGCGGCUUCUCUUCGUACCCCGGUGGCUGUCCCGUGUCGGGGCCUUCGUCCUGGAGCCCCUGUUCUCCGGGCCCCCGCCCCCUAAUGAAACCCCCCUGGGUAUGGGGGCUACGCUGGACAUCCAGAGACAGCAGAGGAUGGAUCUCCAUGAUCAACAGAUGCUGCUGGUCCAGUUCCAGCAGGCGAGGAGGAACCACAGACCACCACAGAAUGGCCUAAUGAACUGGAACAGAUUUUUCCCAUUGCUGAGACACAGAGGACAGAACCUUCCCCCAGAGCUACAACCACACCCCUCUCCACCGCUGCAGCCACACCCCUCUCCACUGUUGCAGCCACACCCCUCUCCACUGUUGCAGCCACACCCCUCUCCACCGCUGCAGCCACACCCCUCUCCACCGCUGCAGCCACACCCCUCUCCACAGCAGCUCCACCCCACAGCUCCACCACUGCAGCCACACCCCUCUCCACAGCAGCUCCACCCCACAGCUCCACCACUGCUGGAGCCCACAGCUUCUCCCUUGGUCAACACUCCUGUAGCCGAAGAACAGGUUGCCAGAUUGAUGGAGAUGGGCUUCUCCAGAAUAGAUGCUCAGGAUGCCCUCAGAGCGUCCAACAACGACAUCAACGUGGCAACCAACUUUCUGCUGCAGCAUUUAGGGUAGGGAGGAGUUUGAAAGAUGUAGAACCUGAGAGAGAAAAACAACAGAGGGAACAGAAUGAAGUCUAGGUCUGAUCCAGUGAGCAGGGUCCUGGGGUUUGAGGCCAGGGUGACCGGGCUGCUCUGGAACUCCAGAGGACUACACAGAGAAUAACUCAACACAGACUACACAAUUACUAGGAGGAAAGGAGAGAGGAGGACAGUAAUGCUGCUGCUGUCCACUUCCUGAAGGGUGAAGAGGGCUGUCCACAGUGCUUCCUGGUAGUGGGUGAAGAGGGCUGUCCACAGUGCUUCCUGGUAGUGGGUGAAGAGGGCUGUCCACAGUGCUUCCUGGUAGUGGGUGAAGAGGGCUGUUCCAGAUAGUUUGGAUACUCUGUCCUGUCACCUUGCUGCUGAGGGACAGAAGAUGGAGGAUCAGAAGGCUGCUAUUCUCAGGGCUUGUUGCAUCUAGUGUCUUCUCUAUACUCUACCAUUACCAUGGUUCAUUGCGGCUUCCUCCACCUCACACACACAUUCGCCAGUCCCUAAAGGUUUUCUUUUGUGUCAUUUGUCCAUGGACACUUAUUUAACACUCACACUCAGGGGUUUGAAAUGAGGAGAAUAUACUAAAUUAUGGAAACUGUCAAUCUUGUAUACUCAAUGAAAAACGUCUGCACAUGUAAUACUUAGUGUAUGGCUUGUAUGUAUAGCUGCUCAGUGGCUACAUUCUGGUUAACUACACUAUAGAAUAAAAUCAUGGUGACAAGAUAUUAAUUAUGAAAACUGUUUCACACAUUUAACACUUAUUUAUAUACUUUUUAUUUACUUUGUUUUGUUUUAUGUGACUGACUGUAUAAACGGAGGUGUGCUUGUUGUUUGGUUAACCUAUGCCCGUGUGUGGUGUUAUUAUGCUACAGAUUACAAAUGAUUAACAAUUUAACAAACUGCUUCCAACCACUGAAAUAUAUGCAAUGCGCUCUGCUGUGGUAACAGUGCUGUCCAUACAGCGUUACAACAGUAUAAUGGCCUGAUGAAUAAACCUACCUCUCACCUUCAGAUGCUUUUCUGAUUUUGUGCUUUACUUCACAGCAUUACUCGUGUAACAUUUUAUUGUGCUUUGGGAUGACUGCACUGACAUAGCGAAUAAUAGUUCCUGUUUUGAGAGAAAGAUUAAUUUUACACUGCCAUCUCCUGGUCGUUGUUGGAAUAGGCACUUUCUACAAGAGCCUAAAUUGUAAGGUGCUCUGAAUUUUGCUGUUUGAUUCUCAGCAGAAUUAUAAAUCAUGACAAUAAACCCGUUUUUACUCUCAA